CCGGUUCUUGGCGAAGAUGAUAUACUAAACAGAAUAGUAAGUGUCCAGGUCACACCGAAUGAGAUGGAGCCAGUACCUGCGGCUUUGAGCGAUCACAAGAUAUUUGUCGAAUGUGGGCAGUUUCUGAAAGAGGUGUGUCCUCCGGACCGGCUUGCCGUGUCCCUAUAGGAAGCAGGUCGUCUACAGGCCAAUGAGCUCAUAGCACUCACAUGCGUCUGAUGCGCCUAAGAACGCACCUGUGAGUAGUGUAGUGAUGACAUGAGGAUCAAGAGAUCUUCCAAUGGAGAGGUCUAGCGAAGCGUGUUCCGAGUCUCCUGUCCUUAAACGCUUCUCCUGGGCCGCAGCAUAGCUGAGGGCCUGUAGCGCAGCAGAGCCCCCUUCAUCAGGGCUACGCGGGCGCUUGACAAUGACUGAUUUGGCGGGUUUCAGAGAGUCGACGGUGGCUUGAGAGGUUGUUGCGACGGCUGGGGCAGGAGGAGGCUUGGGUUUCUUUCGUUCUGGAGGAAGUUCAUCGAAGCCGCUUGACACUUACUGGCACUCCAAGCAAGGGGGGCCGCCUUGAGGAAUGGCACAGCGACUUUUGGAUCUUCGCUAGGACAUCAUCAUCAGGAGUGUGGGCAAGGAAAGAAGCCGAAGAGAACGUACGCAACCGUCACAUGGCCUUAGCUUGCGGGAUCGGAACGGCCGAGAAAGCUGAACCUUGGAAACAUCCCCGUCUAAACCGCGGAAACUAGUGGAUCACGAAGAACGGGCGCACUUGAGGGCUAGGCUCCGCUUCUGACGGCUGAGCGUUCCAUGACAUUUGGAGCAACUUGAUUUCGAAGGCUGUCCGGCCGCGGCGAAGAGGGGAUAUUGACGAGCGCGGCACAGAACGCGAUUGUUUCGAAUGUUUCGACUCCUAGAAACAACUGCAAGUUCUGUGAGACCGUCCUUCGUGUCACGAUCCUGACAUGUGACUUAAUGAUCACUGGAACGGCUUUCGUACCUUCUCCACAUUUGCUCCCGAGCAUCAUGCUCAAACGUCUCCGUCCAGCAUCCCCUACUUUCCCGAGCACAACAGAACCAGAAGACGGGUCGAUUCCAGACCCGAAACGGCGCAGAAUGCUCCCGCCAACUCUGGAUGGCAUGUCGAGAUCGCUGCAUUGCCACUAUACUCCCGACCUCGAAGACGAUGAAGAAGACGACACGAAUGUCGACGAGUCUUUCCAGCAUGACCCGACGCAAAGCCGAGAAUACCGUUCUGCAAACCAUCUCCUGCACGAUCUACACGCGUCACAUCGGCACAGACUCAUCUUCUCCUCCGCUUCGUCACCCUUGCUGCAAUCAUUAGACAGACGAGAGUUUCCCGUAAAGGACGUCGUGCAGACUUCGAGUCCCUUGCAACGCGAUAAAUUUUACGACUCCAGUAGCAUCAAUGAGGAUGGAGCACCGGUGGGAGAACUCGAGAGCGUCAAGAUCCGGUAUCAGGACAAUAACAAACUACUGGGCUCUCUCGUCCUCAAUCGUAGGCGACAGCUUGACUCGGACACAUAAUGAACCGCUGAAGCCCAUUUGUAAUUUCCUUGGAGUCUGCAGAACAUCACCGCACAAUUUAUCAGGCAUUGCUCAUACUAGAAUUCUGUACUAUUAUCCAUACUUGCUCUCUUCGGGUCGCGAUCUUAGUGUAAUCCGCUUUUACUAAUCACACUCGGCCGCGCGUUGUCCACAGGCCAAUUUGAUUCACACGUAAGGGACUGAUGACACGUGAUCGCAAUCCCUUUGAACAGUGCUACUGACUACUGGGAUCUGCGGUGAAUAUGCUCCCUCGAAGCGUGCUCAUAUGCAGCAGAAACUUCUCCUCGUCUACGAAGCGGUCUGUUCGUCGUUCUGUACAAGAAACACGGCGAGCGGCGCGUCAGGACAGACCAUCACUGGCACCACAGGAAUUACAGAGAAUCUUAUUCGAAGAAAGCAACCGUGCCUUUGGAAAGGAUCUUGACGGAACACUCGUUUCUCCUGAUGAAAUGACGGAUUCAGUGUGGAAGGAUAUCUACAAAACGUCGAAGAACGACCCUCAAGUAAUGCAAGCCUGGCGGGAUGAUCUCAGGAAAAGACCAAGGUACGUUGGCCACGACGAUCAUUGAAUUCGAGUCUGACUGCGCUACAGGGACACAGGUAAGAACAUAUGG